GUGACCUUCCUGUUCCAUUCCUUUUUUGGUAUAAAUACGCUGCUACUAUAUCUUCAAAAUGCAAGCUACCCAUCUCGAAAUUAUCAAUCUUUUGCUGGAAAAUUUUCCGGAAAACAUUUCUCGGGUAUUUUCUCACCGGUCUUGGUGUUGGGUCGUCGGAAAAAAUGGCGGUGGUGGAGAAAGGGAAUAACUUGGAAGCUGGGUUGCUGGAGAAGGAUCAAAACGACAACGAAGAAUGUCGUAUCACUCUUGUUGCGCUCUUCAGUACGUUUGUUGCUGUUGGUGGUGCGUUCUGCUUUGGUUGUGCGGCUGCUUACUCAUCGGCUGCUCAUUCUGGGAUGACAAAAGAUUUAGGGCUCUCUGUUGCGGAAUAUUCAAUGUUUGGGUCAAUCUUGACAUUUGGAGGGAUGAUCGGUGCUGUAUUCAGUGGGAAGGUUGCAGAUGUUCUUGGUCGAAGAGGGACAAUGUGGUUUGCUCAAGUUUUCUGCCUUCCGGGCUGGCUUGCAAUAGCAUUUGCCAAGGAUUCACUGUGGUUAGAUGCCGGAAGAUUGUUGCUAGGAAUUGGAGUUGGUCUAUUUACUUAUGUGAUACCUAUCUAUAUUGCGGAAAUAACACCGAAACAUGUCCGAGGGGCAUUCGUUUUUGCGAAUCAGCUGAUGCAAAAUUGCGGAAUUUCACUUUUCUUCAUCAUCGGUAAUGUCAUUCCCUGGCGGACAUUGGCGCUUAUCGGAUUCCUUCCAUGUGCUUUGCAAGUUGUUGGUUUGUUCUUCAUCCCAGAGUCUCCGAGAUGGCUGGGGAAAAGUGGACGAGACAAAGAAUGUAAAGCUGCAUUGCAGCGUCUCAGGGGACAUGACGCUGAUAUAUCUCGAGAAGCAAACGCUAUCAAAGACAAUAUGGACAUGUUUGUUCAAGGCCAAGAAUCCCGGGUUAUGGACUUGUUCCAGAGAAGAUACGCUCCGUCCCUUGUUAUCGGUGUGGGGCUUAUGUUUCUGCAACAGCUCUCUGGAAGUGCUGGUUUUACAUACUAUGCUAGUAGCUUAUUUGAAAGAGGAGGGUUUCCGAGCAGCAUAGGCUCAACCGUUCUUGCCAUCAUUAUGAUACCAAAAUCCAUGGCGGGUCUGAUCCUGGUUGAAAAAAUGGGCCGGAGACCGCUUCUCAUGGCUUCUGCUGCAGGGAUGUGUCUCUGUAGCUUGCUUCUCGGUGCUUCAUUCUGGUUCCAGUCAAUUGGCAUUCUUCAUGAGCUCACCCCGAUAUUUACAUGCAUUGGUGUAUUGGGUUUUAUAACUACAUACGCCAUGGGGAUGGGAGGCUUACCAUGGAUCAUAAUGUCUGAGAUUUUCCCGAUGAACGUUAAAGUUUCUGCCGGAACCAUAGUGACCUUAGCGAACUGGUCCGUUGGUUGGGUCGCAACAUACGCUUUCAACUUCUUGCUGCAAUGGAACGAAUCAGGAACGUUCUUGAUUUUCUCUAGCGUCUGCGCCACAGCUAUUGCGUUUGUGUACAUGUUGGUGCCGGAGACAAAAGGAAGAACACUUGAAGAGAUACAAGCUUCUCUUACGAAUUUUCUCCAAUAAGAACUCGUAGAAUCUAAACUUUUUCGUCAUUUGUUUGUAGAAUUAUAUUCAUUCUUUUUCCACAUUUGCUCUGAAAAUCUGUAAAGGGGUAUAGUGAAAUGCCUUGUAAAGGGUUCUCUGGUUUCAAAGUUUGCAUAUAUGUCGAUUUCUUGGGACACAAGUUACC